AUGUGCUUGCUGCCUGUGCCCCGAGGGCCCCUGCGCCACGCGGCAGUGACUGGGGGCACCCAGUGCCGUGACACGUCUGGUGUCUACCUGGCCCAGCACCGGCUGCGGGCCCCGGGGGAGCUACAGAGACCCAGCUUCGCCACACCUGGGCUGGCCAAGCCGGUGGCCACAGCUGCCGGCCGUCGCUGCAUGGGCCGGGACCCCAACCGCACCUUCACCAGCGACUUCCUCACACGAGCCAACCUGGAUGACCCGUGCAAGGUGACAAGGGCCCCAGAACUGAACCAGCUGCCGGGGCCCCAGGCCCCAGGCCGGGCCUUCGGCUUUGUCCUUGACCUGCACAGCAGCACGGCCAACACGGGCACCUGCCGCCUCGCAGAAGCUGCCCACGAGGGUCUUGCCAUGCACCUGUGCCACCACCAGAGCCCCAAGGUGCCCUGCCCAGCCCUGUACCAGCUGCCGGGGUGGGGGAGUUAUAGCCUGGACCCCUUGGCCAAGAACGGAAUGGUCCUGGAGCUGGGCCUCCAGCCUCAGGAUGUGCUGCGCAGGAUGAGGACCCUGGUGGCCAAAGUCCUGGACUUCAUCAAGCUCUUCACCCAGGGAGUCUGGCCUCCCCGCUUCUGCGCCUGGCCUGGCGGGGAGGAGAUUGGGAAGAUUGCGCCGCUCACCGGCUACCGCUCUGCCCGCUGCCACUCUGCCGUGUACCCCAUGGUCAUCAACAAGGCCGCCUACUAUGAAAAGGGCAUUGCCUCCAUUCAGGCGGAGAAGCUCACGUUCUCCGUGCCUGCCCUACCGCGCUGGCCCUCACCCCCACCCCAGCCCCUGACCCAGGGCGUCCACACAGGCCAGACUGGACACAGCCCGCAGCUUCUGCGCCCACGUGAGCCUGACAGGCCGCGGCUCCUGCCUGACAGCGGGGCCGGGGGGCCCAGAGCGCCAUCCUCGGGAGGCGUCUCCCCCCGGCCCCUCUGCACCCUCGCCUGGCCCAUCCAUCUCCCCGCGGCCACAGCUGCCACGCGGCCUCCUGCUAUUGAGCAGCGAGAUGAGAAGGUGUGA